UGACUUUGGGGAUAGUCCGAGUUACUAAGGCAGUCAACCCCGAUCUGGGCCUGAUUUCCUCUGGGCGUUUCGGCUUCGCUCUUUCGGUCUGGCCCGUGGAGCUGCCCGCUGGCCCUAGUCCGCUUCAGGCCCGGAGGGGAUCAUCCUGCUGCCCGGCCGAGUGUCUCUCUCGCUCUCCCUCCAAGACAUUAUUCGCGAUCCAGAGUGGUCGCGCGGCGUCCUAUGCUCACCCAGCCCACAAUUUGAUACUCCCCUGGUUUACCUUCCCUGCGGCUGGUGUUACUCCUCUUACCUCCCCGCAUCAGUCCAUUUUUUACCCCGGGAGGUUGUGUCGACGACAAUCUCCGGUCUCGCUCCAAAGCUGUCCCUAGCAGCAACCAUCUUCAUCGGCUGAAUUUCUCGCACCUUCACAUCAAACAAAUGUCGUCGUCGGAUGAGGACGUCGUCCGUCGUCCUGGGCGUGGCACAGGUGCCGCUCAGCCAGGGAGCCCAUCUGGAAGCGAACGCAGCGAGGUCCCAGCGCGCAGUCAAAGCCCUGUUGGCUCAGAUGCGGGCAACGUGAACGGUUACGACGAUGCGGACCUGUUUGGCUCGGACGCCUCCGAUGGAGGGUUUGGCGAUGAUGACGAUCGACCCCAACGGACACUGGACGACGAGGAACUCGAUUCGGGAGAUGACGUGGAUCGCAACGAUCGGGUGGGAGAGCCCAUGGACUACGAAGGGGGAGCAGACUAUGAAGAGACGGUGAAUAUCAUGGACUUGAGCUUGAGCCGGGCACCGGAGCCAGUGACCUCCAACGGUGAGGUGUACACGAUGCCAGUCCCCCAUUUUCUGUCCGUCGAAACAGAAGAGUUCAACCCGGAGACCUAUGUUGCGCCUCCGUUUGCGACAGCGGCCACGUCUCUCUGCUGGCGCCAUGAUCCCGAGGACGAAUCGCUCCUGCAGUCAAAUGCCCGAAUUAUCCGCUGGGAGGAUGGUUCCAUGACUCUGCAGCUAGCAUCCGCGCCGAAAGAGCAGUACCGUAUCUCGACCAAGCCAUUGGCACCACUCAGCAAGUCCGGCGAGUACGAUACCAAACUAGAUUCGCACGUGUACCUCGGCGCAGCCGCAGAAGCCUCCUCGGUGUUCCGACUCACCUCCCACCUCACUCAUGGACUCACGGUUUACCCGACGACCAUGGAAACCGAUGAUGCAGUGCAGCGUCUGCAGGAGUCGCUUGCUGCGGCCACCCGCGGAGCCAAGAAAACGCUGGACGGAUCGGCACCUGUUAUUGAAGUGAAGGAAGAUCCCGAACUUGCCAAACGGCAAGCAGAGAUGGCGGAACGGGAGAAAUUGAAGGCCGCUCGUCGCCGCCAGCAGCUUCAAGACCGCGAGCUGGAUCGCGGUCGUCGCCACGGGUUCCCCCAUCGCACCGGAGGUGCUGGCCUCACUGUGGGCGGAUUGGAAGAUGACGACGGCCUACUGACGACUCGUGCGAAGAAGCCUCGCAAACCCAACCGCCGGGGUGAGAUCUACACGGAUGACGAAGAAGAGUAUGACCGCCGCGGACGGACUCGGGAGGAUGAGUAUGACGAAGAUGACGGUUUCCUGGUUGGCAGUGACGAAGAACCGGAGAUCGUCGAUGAUGACGAUGAAGAGGAUGUUCUGGAGGAUGACGAUAUGGAUGCCGAAGGCGAGGAAGAAGACCUCCCGCCUGCAAGACCCCGACAGAAACGAGCCUCGCCCGAGGUCGAGAGGGGCACUCCUCCUACCCGGAAGAAGAACCGCUAUAUCGUGGACGAUGACGACGAAGAGUGAUUGCCUCUACCCCAGUGGAUUCCCUUCGCAGUCCUAUAAAAUCUUGCCUUCCUAUGCUAAUGACAUGUAACUGUACCAUCAAUUCUGGGAGUCAUUAUCGGCGCAUGAAUGGUCGACCCCACAUCCAAUGUUAUACUUUGAUAUCAGGACUCUACUGCAGAAAUAUUUAACCGGGCGAUUCUGCGAAGAUGUACAUAUGGUGCAGGUAGAUCAGCCUUGAUUGUGAGAGGGAAUGCUAAUAUCACAAGGGUAUGGAAACGCAAACGUUCAGAGGUAUGAGUAUGAUCGUCAUGAAUCGUGAGAUGAGGGUCGCCAAUUGACCCAGAGCAAAAAAAGAGGUCUGAUGAACAUGCCUCCGAGAGCAUAGCCAUGGAACGUAAAUUACCAUCAACGCCGGGUCCCCAUUAUAUUUUCGAACCUGUGACGUGCCAUCGAGUCUACGU